ACCGUUUGGACUUCCCUAUAAUACAUUCUCACGAGUCUUUCAGGAACAUGUUUGGGCAAGUACCGUCACCAAAAUGAAGGCAAAAAUCUUAGACGUACUGUUAAAAACACUAGACACGUAACUUUUGGAUAGCUAAAAACUCAUUGUCUUUCACAAUUGUUGUGCGGAAGUCGACACAAUGUUCACUUUGAAGCGCGUGGUGUGCGUGGGGGGCAUCAUUGUCCCUCAGUGCACCUCCCUCUUUACGAGCAAUUUCUCUGCUUGUCAUUGCCUAACAUCCCCAAAGAAACACAACCCAUACAGCUCAGUGGACAGUGAGCGCUACUCUUCUCUAGUGAAGUCAGUCAUGUCAUCCAGGGUCAGUUCCCAAACUCCAGAGACCCUGCAGGUGGAGGACGAGCACAUCUAUGGACCCGUUGUCAAAGCACAGACGCCCCCGAGACCAGAGAAGAAGGAACCUAAAACUCUUCAUCCCUUCUCACACUGUGAAGAGACUCCUGAAACAGAGGAGCAAGAGGCAGGACCUCCAACCCGGAUUUUGUUCAAACGGGGCAAGGAGAGGUCACCUGUACCGAGUGUGACCCGCAUCCUUCAGCAGACCCUUUCCCCAGAGCAGAUCUUUUAUUUGGAGAGAUGGAAGAGGAGGAUGGUCGCAGAGCUCGGAGAGGAGGGCUUCAAGGAAUACAGUCUGAAUUUAUUUAGGCAAGGGAAGCUUUUCCAUUCAGCUUUGGAGGACAUCCUGACCUCAGAUGCAUCAUGGGAGAACAGAAAUCUUCCAGAGACACCAGAGUAUCCACCUGAGGUCCAGGGAUACAUGAGGAGCAUCUCUCAUGUCCUGGAGGACGUCAGCGCCGUGAGAGCUACUGAAAGCACCGUGCAGCACGAUACACUGAACUAUCUGGGAAUUGUGGAUUGUGUCGCUCGCUAUAGGGGUGUACUGUGUGUUAUUGACUGGAAGACUUCAGAGAAGCCCAAACCAUUCCUGAGCAACACAUAUGACAACCCCAUUCAGGUGGCAGCCUACGCCGGAGCGCUGAACAAUGACGGCAACUACAAAUACCAGGUUCAAAAUGGACUCAUUGUAGUCGCCUACAAGGACGGCUCACCUGCCCAUGCUCAUCAGCUGAGCUCCGAGCUGAUGUGGAAGUACUGGAAAACUUGGCUGAUUCGUCUCGAGGAGUUCACAGAACAAAGAUCCAGUAAUGCCUCGACUUCAAUUGUGGAAAAGAGAUGAAAAGCGUGACAGGAGAUCUGUAAGGGCAUUUCCAUGAAGCAGGUUAUUUCA